AUGGUUAAUUUUGCUCAAAUUCCUGCUUGGUAUUGGCAUUCCAUAGGCGUAUCUAAAUAUUGCAUUAAUAAUAGAGGUCCUCUUUUUCCGAAUUUAUGGGCUCUUUGGGGAAAUGAAUUAAUUGCAACUGUGAUUUUUGUGUCUGAUCAAUGCAUCGCUUUGGAGAUUUCUUGUUAUCAGUCUUCUGUUUAUAUUGCUGCCAUUUAUGCUAGUACAUACUAUGUGAAGCGUCGUCAGCUUUGGGCUGAUCUCACUUAUUUGCAAGGCUGUUUUCAGGGGCCGUGGCUUUAUAUGGGCGACUUCAAUGCUAUUUUAGGCGCUCAUGAGAAAAGGGGCAGGCGCCCUCCUCCUCCUUUAUCAUGUGAAGACUUUUUAAACUGGACAAAUGCUAAUAUUCUUAAUCACUUGCCGACUCUGGGUACUUUUUACACAUGGACUAAUGGUAGGUUUGGUGAUGAAAAUGUUGCUCUUCGUCUUGACAGGGCGGUUUGUAAUGAAGAAUGGAUCAAUUUUUGGCGUAGUUCUAAUUGUGCAGAUUUAGUCCGUCAUCAAUCUGACCAUCAUCCUAUUUUGCUUUCUCUUAUUUAUUCCACGGUGAUGCAUGCAUCUCCAUUUAAAUUUUUCAAAGCAUGGAUCUCUCAUGACGGUUGUAGGCAGCUGGUGUCUGACACUUGGUCGAAGGGUGUUCACGGUCAAGGAAUGGCUCGGUUACAGUCUAACUUAAAUAAUGUCAAAAAUGCUUUCAAAAUAUGGAAUCGUACAAUUUUUUGUGAUGUGGAUAGACAAGUGAAGCUUGCUAUGGAUGAAGUGAAUCGCAUCCAACAUUUAAUUGAUUCUGAAGGUUUUACUGACAAUCUUUAUUUACAGGAUUUAGAGGCUCAAUUGUCUUUGACAAAAGCUUUAAAUGUUCAGGAAGAAUUAUGGAAAGAAAAAGCGAGACACCAUCAGUUUCUUAGUGGUGACCACAACACUGCCUAUUUCCAUAAGGUCUCCAAAAUUCGAGCAGCGACAAAAUCUAUUUCUCUUUUACAGGAUGGUGAUAAUGUCAUAACUGAUCCCACUGCUAUAGAGUUGCAUAUUCUUUCUUAUUUUCAGGAAAUCUUUAGCAUGGAUAACAAUUGUGCUCAUAAUACUAUGGUGGAUGAAACCAUUCCUUCCCUAGUGUCUGUAGAGGAUAAUAAUAUGUUGUUGCGUACUCCUUCUCAUGAUGAAAUUAGGGAGGCGGUUUUUGCUCUUAAUGCUGAUGGUGCACCGGGUCCGGAUGGGUUUGGAGGACAUUUCUUUCAAACUUUUUGGGACAUUGUUGGUCUUGAUGUGGUUCAUUCUGUUCAUGAAUUUUUCCUAGGUGGUGAGCUGCCCCCUAACAUUAAUUCUAAUAUGAUUGUGUUGAUUCCAAAAAUUCCAGGUCCUAAGGCUAUGGGUAAUUACAGACCUAUUGCACUGGCAAACUUUAAGUUUAAAAUUGUUACUAAAAUUCUGGCAGAUAGACUUGCUAGCAUUACUUCUCGGAUUAUUUCUAUUGAGCAACCGGGUUUCGUCUAUGACCGUAACAUUUCUGAGUGUAUUAUUAUUGCAUCUGAGGCAAUCAAUUCCCUAGAAAAAAGACAGUAUGGGGGGAAUAUCGCUCUCAAGGUCGACAUUUCCAAGGCUUUUGACACUUUAGAUUGGAAUUUUUUGAUCAUGGUGCUGCAUAAUUUCGGGUUGAAGAGCAAUAUUCGGGAGCUUCUUAGUAUUUUUCAUAGAUACUCCGCGGUCUCAGGACAAAUAAUAAAUAAUGCAAAGAGUCAUUUCUUCACAGGAGCUAUGAAUGGUUCUCGGACACACAUGAUUGCUACUAUGUUAGGCUUCUCUUUGGGAGCAGUUCCUUUUCAAUACCUUGGCUGUCCCAUCUUUCAAGGUAAACCAAAGGUAACUCACUUUCGCAUAAUUACGGACAGAAUAAAAAGCAAAUUAGCUACUUGGAAGGGACGCAUUCUUUCAAUUAUGGGCAGGGUGCAGCUUGUAAAAUCUGUAAUUUAUGGCAUGCUUCUCUACUCUUUCCAUGUAUAUCUUUGGCCUAAAAGGCUGCUCCGGCUUCUUGAUUCAUGGAUAAAAAAAUUUAUUUGGAGUGGAGAUGUUCUAAUGAAAAAAGUUUGCACGGUUUCGUGGAAAGUCCUGUGUAGGCCGUGGGAUGAAGGUGGGUUAGACAUCAAACAUACGUGCUUGAUUAACGAGGCUUUAAUUCUGAAAUUAUCUUGGGAUUUAAUUGCACGGGAAACACAGUGGUCUAAUUUAUUCAAAAGAAGAUAUUUCUCAAACGGUCAGCCCUCCAUGCGCUAUUUUAAAUCCUCGGUUUGGUCGGGUAUUAAACUUCAUAUUGGCACGGUUAUGAGCAAUUCUUUGUGGAUUGUGGGAAAUGGAAACAAUAUUCAUUUUUGGACUGAUAAUUGGCUAGGUGUUCCUCUUGUGGAGUUGAUGAAUAUUAAUGUUGAUUUUCACGGACAUAUGAAAGGUAUGGUGUCGGAAGUUAUUGUUAAUGGAACCUGGAACAUACCUGCAGUUAUUUCAGAUUUUGGGGACAUUAAAGAGAGCCUAGAUGCUGUCGUCAUAUCUCGUACGCAACUCAGGGAUGUGCUGGUUUGGAAGCACUCUUUGGAUGGAGCCUUGAAUUCGAAGAUUUCUAGCUCUUUCAUGCGUCCUCCAUCACAGGUUCGGCCUUGGGCAGCCUCCAUCUGGCGGGCUGCUAUCCCUCCUUCGCACUCGUUCAUUUUUUGGAUACUUUUCCACAGGAAGAUGCCAACAGAUGAAAAUCUUCGAACUCGUAGCUGCAUUGUUGUCUCUGUUUGCAUUGCCUCUCGGCUUUGGGCAUGGAUUGGGGGGAAACUCAAUUGUGUUAUUGACUCCUCCUCUGUAGGAACUCUUCUUGAGUGUCCGCCAACUAGGUGUUCCUCCCAAGUGUCGGAUAUCUUCCUUGCGGCAAUUUUACACACUAUUCAUACUAUCUGGUGGGCUAGGAAUGCAGUGAGAUUUUCAGAUUUGAAUCCAACUAUUCAUGCAACCAAAAUACGUAUUCAUUCCUUUAUUGCUUUGUCUGGUAAUUUUUCAAAGGGUAAAUGCUUGCUGUUAGACUUCGCUUUCCUGGAUUCUUUUGCAGUUUCUCCUAAUUGUCAUAGUGUGAAGGACAUUAUUUUGGUGUUAUGGAAAGCUCCUUCCUCGCCUUGGUUGAAGACUGUUUUUUAUGCAGAAGUUUUUGGCAUCAUUCUGGCUAUUGAGUAUGCAGCUCAAAAAGGAUGGCGACAUAUUUGGCUUGAGAGUGACUCCACCAGUGCUCUUCUAAUUUUUUCGAAGCCGUCUCUAGUUCCUAUUUUGUUAUGGAAUCGUUGGCAUAAUGAUCAGGUUCUUGGAGUUCAGGAUGGAGGUGUCUCGGGGUGCCAACCUAGUUGGGAUGUCGAUGAUGCCGCUUGA